AUGGCAAUGCGCAGAAGAAGAUCAGUGCCCAAGAAAGACCUUGGAAGGCUGGAAGAACUUGAGAAAACCAAUGAAAUGCUCUUGAAAUUUAACAACCUGUCCAAUGCCUGCAUGCGGCAGUUGAAGGAGCAUUUCGCACACCAAUCCAGGUCAAUGUUGGAGAUGAGGAAGGACCUGGACAGCAUCUACGGCAGGCUCCGGACUCUGAAAGUCAAGCUCUCAAACCAGUACCGAGUUGCUUUUAGUCAUAUCCAAGAGUCUCCCAUCCCAGAAGAGGAAGAGGAUGAUGUGGACCUCGUCCCAGCCAACUCACCUACCACCAUUGAUAACUCAGAACAGAGUAAGGAGCCCUGUGACACAAGUCCAGAUAUCAGCUCUCCAGUCCUGAACCCAGAUUUUGAAGAUUUAUCUCAAGGAGAGCUGGACUCUCCAGCUGUGAAUAGGGAGAGGCUGACGAGUGAUGAGGAUGGUGGUGAGAGGGUCUGA